AUGAAUAAGGAGUUCCCAGCGGAACAGAAGAAAGAACUUGAAGCAAUCGUCAGUUGUUUUGGCGAUGACUUUGUGUCUAUCGAUUCGAACGGCGCAGAACUUAAAGGAACUAUUUCGGUGGUUUUGGAGCCAAGGUCAAGCCCGAUUGUAAUUUCUGCUGCAGACGGAAAAGACUAUGGACAAUUUGAGACGACCCAACUUUCUCCGGUGAACAUAUGCUUCCAACUACCUGCACAGUAUCCAGCCGCACCGGCUAUCAUCGAUGUGGACUGCAUCUGGAUGCCCAACUCUAUGGAGCACGCAAUCUUGAGGCGAAUUGGUGAUGUUCUUCACGAGAACAACGGAUUGCCUGUACUGUUUUCGUGCUAUGAAGAGGUGAAGAAAUUUGUCGAGGGAACAGAAAUCACCGAAUUACAUUUGGGAGAAAAUCGCUUCGCUCGAAAUAAUAAAAUGUCACCAAGGGAAUUGCUGGAGGCCGCGAGGAAAGCGUGCGAGAAAGCCGAGAUGGACGAUUUCGAAGCGCAUUGCCACGACUGUGAUGUUUGUUUGGAAAACAAAUCUGGACGUGAAUGUGCACGAUUCUCACCGUGCAGACAUUCAUUUUGUAAGGAAUGUGUAGCUGCAUAUUUUAAUGAAAAACUCACGUCUGUAGAGAUCUCAUCUCUCACAUGCCUUAGCGACGGUUGUGAGUCCAGCGCUUCACAGCAGUUGAUUGUAGAACUUCUCGGCCAGGAGGCUUUUGAUCGCUAUGAGACAGUCCUACUUUCGAAGACCUUGAAUGGAUUGGACGAUGUUUGUGUGUGUCCUAGAAUCACGUGUCAGAAACCGGCUGCCAUCAGUAAAGCGACCGAUGGUCUUGCAACGUGUCUUGUAUGCGGUUACUCGUUUUGCACAAGAUGCCGUAGAACAUUUCACGGAGUUCAUCCAUGUCAAAAGAAAUUCGAUAUAUCUGUUUCAACUUUCGUUGAAAACGGAGACGGUACAUGGGGACUGCGAGAGGUGACGUUGCAGGAGUAUCUCAGAGCAACUCCCGAGGAAAGGAUUGAGAUGGGUUGGUGGUAUGGAGGAAUUGAAAAUUUGGAGGCUGAAAUGGAAGAAGCAAUGAAAAAGGUGGACGGCCACAGCUACAUGUGGAUUCAAGAGAACAGCAAAAGAUGUCCCAAGUGCGCAGUUCCAAUUCAGAAAAUCGAUGGUUGUAACAAGAUGAUCUGUCCCGCCUGUAAAACCGCCUUCUGUUGGGUAUGCGAAGUGAUUCUCGACUUGCGAGACCCAUACAAACAUUACAAUAGUGGUGAAUGUCAAGAGCCGCUCUUCGAAAUCCCUGAGGAUCUUGUCUAG